CAUCAGCAGAAACACCACCAGAUCAUGUGAAUUACAAGCAGCAUUGAUAGAGGCACAAAGCACAGCAGCUGUUUGGUCAUAGGCUUUGCCAUAACUUGGAGGAAAUGCCUGGUUUGAUGAAAGGGGUCUAGAUUUGCAGACUAAUUGACCUGAUCAGGAUUUGUUUGAAUACUCUGUUGAUCUCGCACUCCAAAUUUGAACAUAUGCUAGGAUUCUCGGAACUUUCGAGUCAGGUGUCUCAAUUAGGAGCUGAACCUGCAGACUAGUCAAUGUCAUCUUCACCAUCACUGCCAUCGUCAUCAUCAUUAGUUACCAUCAUCACCAUCAUCAUCUCCAUUGCCAUAACCACCAUCCUCACCAACAUCGGUCUCAUCCUCUUCCCAUCGCCAUGGCGACCCCUAAAGGGAAGAUCGGCUACCCCAUCCUUGGAGACAGCUCUCUCGAGUUCUACCGGAACGUCCCGCUUUACAUCAACAGCCGGAUCGAGGAGUAUGGCGCCAGGAUCUUCCAGUCGAGGAUUCUCAACAAACCCACUGUCUUUGUGUGCUCAUGCAGUGCUGUCAAGGAGCUGUUGACUGAACACCAUACCAAGAUGAGCCUGGGAUAUAAAGCCAUGCUCCACCAUCUCUAUGGCGACAACAUCAUGUUUGAGGAGGCAACCGAGGCCGACAGACUCCAUGCCCUGAUGCACCACGUCUUCAUCCAGAACGCCUUGCCAAACUUUGACCGGAUCGUCCAGAAGUUCAUCCAGAGGCAUUUCAGUAACUUGCAUUCCAGUGAUUCAGUUCAGGUGUAUGAGACAUUCAAAUUGUUUGCGACUGAGCUCAUGCUAGCGCUGUUCCUUGACCUUGAUGCUACCGAUUCUCCCGAUCUGGUCCACGAUGUAGCAUCGCUGGCCACCACACAUUGGCAUGGGGUGAUAUCUGUUCCCCUGAACUGGAAAGUUUCUUAUUGGUCUUCAUCCUGCAAACAAGCUGUAGAAUCUAAGGACAAACUGUUGGAGCUGAUACGAACACGUCUUGCAAGCCAGGCAGACAAGGGUUCUUUCUUAACAAGAGCCAGGCAAGCUGGAUUUAAGGACCAGUCAGAGCUUGAACACCACAUUCUACCCUUUGUUUCCGCCCUGGUGCCGAAAGCAAUCGCUUCACUCCUGACGUCGUUCACCCUGGCCCUCUGCUCCAAAAGCAAGGAUAACAUGCAAGUGAUUGCAAGAGAGAGCAGCGAUUAUCUUGAAUACUGUUUGCUGGAAACAGAGAGACUAUGGCCCCCAGUGCUAGGGGGGAGGAGACUUGUUAGAGAGGAUUUCAUACUUGAUGGUUACAAAGUGCCCAAGGGCUAUGCAGUCAUCUACGUCUCCUCCAUCGCCCACCGAGAUCCUGAUGUUUUCAAGAACCCAAACACCUUUGAUCCAACAAGAUGGGCAGACAAUUCCAAAGAAAAAGAGAAACUGCUAUUUUGCUACGGUGAUGGGCCUAGAUGCUGUGUUGGUACAUCACUCAUGAAAAACUUGAUUAAGAAAGUGAGUCAGUACCUGGUUGGUCAUUACAACUGGACUUUAGGUGAGCAGGAUGAAGAUCUUGAUUACAAAUGGCUACCCAUGGCUAGGCCAAAAGAACUCUCGGUCAGUUUCACUAAAGUCGACCAAUCCGAGGCCUUGUCUGAACCAACAGGGAAGGAAUAAUCUGUAGAAACAGAAAUGACA